AUGUCUUCUUCGAUCUUGCACUCAACACAUCAGCUUUUGGUCUUGUUUGUUUACUGGAGUUGAGAGUAAUCUGAUCGAGACCCCGUCUCAAAAUGAGAGCUAUUUCAUUGUGCCUUUGCGCUCUGGCGCUGGCAACUUCAGCGUAUGCUCAACUCCUUGGUGGAGUAAGCUCAGCCGAUCCCUCCGACAAAAGUGUUGUGGAUGCAGCAGCUUUUGCUGUCCAGCAAAUCAAUGCCAGGGAGAAUAGUAUGUUCGCUCAACUUCUUUCGGUGGUCGUUGAAGCGUCUAGCCAAGUGGUUGCUGGCGUAAAGUAUUCUUUGGUCGUGGAGACACUCCGAUCUACUGAAUGCAGAAACGAUGGCGAACUUCACUCCAUGUGCUCAUGUGCUGCGGACUCGUCGAAUCCUCUCCGAUACGAAGUAGAAGUUCUCUCUCAGCCAUGGAAGCAGCCAGAAAUGCAGCUGCUCUCCACGAAGAGCGUUCCUGUGACCAGUGCCAACUCCGUGGACGCCACGAGCAGCAAACUGUCUAUUGGUUCGGCCAUCAGCGCGGCCUCUCCCGACUUCCAGUCUUUCUUGAAAUCCUACAAACCAGACUAUUGUAAUAAUGCUGCGGAGAUCAGCAGGAGAGCUGAUAUCUUCCAGGCCAAUAUGGGACGCAUCAAGAAGCUGCAGCAGAACGAAAAGGGAUCAGCCAAGUAUGGAGUAACGCAGUUUGCUGACCUCACCGAGCAAGAGUUUCUGGCCCGCUAUGCCCAGUCUACUCCAAUGAAGCCCUCGACGACUAUGAGGAAAGCACCUCUGAUGGACGUUAAGGAUACGCCGACAAGCUUUGACUGGCGUGAGCACAACGCAGUGACGGCAGUGAAGAACCAGGGCGGCUGUGGCUCAUGCUGGGCUUUCUCCACAACCGGCAACAUUGAAGGCCAGUGGGCCAUCAAGAAAGGAAAGCUCGUCUCCCUGUCCGAGCAAGAGCUGGUCGAUUGUGACAAGGUGGAUCACGGCUGCAAGGGUGGCCUGCCGUCCGACGCCUACAAGCAGAUCAUGAAGCUCGGCGGUCUGACCACCGAACAGCAAUACCCAUACACGGGCCGAGAUGGCUCGUGCCAUUUCAACCCCUCCACAGAAGCGGUGAACAUCAAUGGAUCGAUUGCCCUGCCACAGGACGAGGAGCAGCUGGCAGCCUGGCUUGCCGCUAACGGUCCUAUCUCCAUUGGCAUCAACGCCGGCCCAAUGCAGUUCUAUUUCGGCGGCAUCUCUCACCCGUGGAAGCUCUUCUGCAACCCUGACCAUCUUGAUCACGGCGUGCUGCUGGUCGGAUACGGAGUGAAAGAUGGCGAGCCCUACUGGAUCGUCAAGAACAGCUGGGGCGCUACCUGGGGAGAGGAGGGCUACUAUCUGGUCUAUCGCGGCGCAGGUGUCUGCGGUCUCAAUCGCAUGGCCACCUCCUCAGUCGUCGCCUAGGCGACGCCGCUGGAUUGAAUGUGAUUCGUUCUGGCACUUUUGUGCAAUGAGACUCUGUGAGUUACUGCAUGUUUCUACUUUCAUUUCAACUCUUUAUUGUACACACAUGGUAUUUUUUUGACCUGUUUGCCCGUUUUACUUGCGUUCAAGUGUAUGCAUCACCAUCUACAUGUAUGUGAAUGGUCUCCGUAGCAUGUUCGAUGACAAUCCUUCCUGAAGAACAAGGUUCCUUCUCUUUUCUUGCUUGACAGGGUUCUUGUGAGUUUUUGUGUAGCCUGUAUGUGGCUAGUGACCUUUGACUGUACGGCAUAUUUUAUGACGAUCUUUGGGCUUAUAUUAUACUAGUACUUCAAAGUGCACGUGAUGACAAACUA